UAUGUUUAUUCCCAUUCCCAAUUCAAUGGAUAACAGGAAAUCUCUGCACAUAGUGAUGUUCCCAUGGCUUGCAAUGGGUCAUUUCAUCCCUUUCUUUCGUCUCUCCAAGCUCUUAGCUUUGAAGGGUCAUAAAAUCUCCUUCGUUUCGACCACGGGAAACCUCUCUAAACUUCCAAAAAUCCCAUCAAAUCUAUCUUCCCACAUGACCCUAAUCUCCUUCCCCUUGCCCCCAGUUCCCAACUUACCAUACCUCGCCGAAUCCUCCAUGGACAUCACUGAUCAUAACCAGCAGCAAUCACUCAAACACGCCCUCGAUCUCCUAAAACCGCUUCUUUCCUCUUUCCUUCAAUCCUCCAAACCCGAUUGGAUAAUCUACGACUACGCUUCUUAUUGGCUUCCCUCUGUGGCAGCGCAGCUAGGUGUCUCGCGCGCUUUCUUCGCUGUCUUCUCAGCUGCAUGCUUAUCCUUCAUGGGCUCACCGUCCACGUUGAUCGGUAGCGGUGGAGAUGAUGCAAGGUCGACGGGUGAGGACUUCACGAAAGUUCCCAGCUGGGUUCCUUUCGAAUCCAACCUGGCUUACCGUUUGCAUGAAAUAAUUAAAUAUUUCCAACGGACGGACGAGGAUAACUUUGGACCACCCGACACUGUCCGAUUCGGUGUUACGAUUCAAGAGAGUGAAGUUGUUGUCGUUAGAAGCUCAGCCGAGUUCGAACCGGAGUGGCUCGAUCUUUUGGGGCGGCUGUAUGAAAAACCGGUGAUGCCGGUUGGGUUUUUACCGCCGAUACCGGAAGAAUUAGAUGACAUCCUGGACGAUGAAAAAUGGGUUUGUGUUAGAAAGUGGUUAGAUGAACAGAGAGUCAAUUCAGUGGUUUACGUAGCGAUGGGGUUAAGUAAAGAAGAACUCGGUGAGUUGGCUAACGGGUUGGAGGAAUCAGGUUUACCUUUCUUUUGGGUACUGAAGAACACACCUGGAACAAGCGAGUCAGAGUUGGAAAUGCAGCCGGAUGGAUUCAAGGAGCGAGUCAAGGGACGUGGGUUCCUUUACUUGGGCUGGGCGCCACAAGUGAAGAUACUGAGUCACGAGUCGAUUGGGGGAUUCUUGACCCACUGUGGUUGGAACUCGGUUAUAGAGGCAUUGAGGUUGGGCCGAGUUCUGAUAAUGCUUCCAAUGUUGAAUGACCAAGGAUUAAAUGUCAGGUUGUUCCAGAACAUAGGUGUGGGUCUAGAGAUACCGAGAAACCAAUCAGAUGGAUGGUUCACGAGCGAGGUGGUGGCCGAGUCGGUUCGGGCGGCGGUGUUGGAAGAAUCAGGCAAGGGGUUGAGAGAAAUGGCAAAAGCAAUGAAGGGUUGUUUUGGAGAUCCGGGGAGGAAUGGUGGUUGGGUGGACAAAUUUGUAAGUCAACUGGAGGAUUAUGGACACAGGGAAUGAUUUGUAUCGGAAUGAAUGGAAUUAA